AUGUCCAAGCUCCCAACGUUUCUCAUAAUCCUCCUUACCUGCGCCCACGCGCUAUGUGCCGAUCUCCGGGAGAUCUACAGAUUUCCCAACGGAACUUGGGUCGAGAACAUCGCAGCUCGACCAAACGGCAAUCUCCUCGUCACGCUAAUCAACAAACCAGAGCUCUGGCAGAUCAACCCUUCCAUCCGAUCCGGCCCUGGCUCUGCACAACUCAUCCACCACUUCGAGGAGGCGACACAAAUGAACGGCAUCGCCGAGCUGGCGCCGGAUACCUACGCCGUGAUUGCUUCCGACUCUGUCUGGACCAUUCGUCUCGGUGAGCAUGGCAAUGCCUCUAAUCCAGAGCAUAUUGCGACAUUCCCGCCGGGACUCUUGAAUGGGAUGGCUGCUUUGGAUGGAGGGAAGGCGGUUGUGAUCUCGGAUUCGGACCGCGGUCUUAUUUACCGACUUGAUGUUCGGACUGGUGAAUAUUCUGUUAUACAUCAGGAUGAGACGAUGGCCCCGGCAGAUUAUCUGGGUUUGCAGCUUGGGAUCAACGGUGUGAGGGUUGUGCGCGACUAUCUGUACUACAGUAAUACGCCCAAGCGGUAUUUCUGUCGUGUUCGGAUUGAUCUUCAUACUGGCCAGGCGAAGGGUCCGUAUGAAAUUAUUAGUGAUGGUGUUUUAUCUGAUGAUUUUGCGGUUGGGCCUGGCGAUAUCGGGUACUUGGCUGGGGCUAUGGAUAAUGUCGUUACGAGAGUUUUGCCUGAUGGGACUUAUGAAGUUAUUGCUGGGUCUAAGGACUCGACUGCGUUGAUGACUGCUACAUCUGCAGCUUUUGGAAGGGCAAGACAUGAUCGUGGUAUCCUUUAUGUUACCACUGGUGGAGAGACGGAGCUUCCUGUUAACAGCACUGCUAGUAGAGGUGGAAAAGUCAUGGCUCUUGCCAUUGACUCUUAG